AUGUCUUUGACCAUUAAGUGCCACCACUUGGCUCCCCAGAAUCCAGUUAUCCUCAUUGCAUUUGAGUAUCCCAGUUCAGUAGCAACAGUUCCCAGUGUUAAUCAGUUACUAGUGUGUCAACAUGUUGAACUUCUGGAAGUGCUCACUUGUCUUGAAACUAGUAACAAAUAUGAAAUCAUGAACAAUCAAGGACAGAGAAUUUAUUUUGCAGAAGAGAAAAGUCAUUGGUUUCUCCGACAAUUUUGUGGACCUUGGAGACCUUUCACUAUGACAAUUUAUGAUAAUAUUGGCCGAGAUGUAAUUGCUCUGCAUAGAUCUCUAAGAUGUAGCUGUUGCUGGAGUAACUGCUGCUUACAAAAGCUAAAAGUUGAAGCUCCUCCUGGUGAAAAAAUUGGAUAUGUUUAUCAAAGCUUUGACCCAUUUUUCCCAAAGUUUAAGCUAAAAAAUGAGAAUAAGAAAGAUGUAAUGAAAAUCAGAGGGCCAUGUAUGGUUUCCAGAUGCCUCAUGAAUGUAAAUUUCAGUUUAUUGUCUCUGGAUGAUGAAAAAGUUAUUGGAAAGAUUUCAAAACAAUGGACUGGAUAUAUGACAGGCAUGUUUACAGAUGCUAAUAAAUUUGGGAUCCAGUUUCCAUUUGAUCUUGAUGUUAAAAUGAAAGCAUUGAUGCUUGCAGCGAGUUUCCUCAUUGACUACAUGUAUUUUGAACUUUGGUCAUAAGAAUCAGCCUGAAAGAGUAUUCCAGAGAUUACUGGGCAUUAAAUUUUGCCAGUCACUCAGCA